AUGGGGAGUCACUUCUUCCCUUACUCUCCGCCUCAGCUACUCCAAGUCUUCACUUGUUCGUGUUGCGAUAUGUGUUUCAGCUUACAACCUACAGUAAUUGGUGAGAGAGGAAUGGACGAAGGCACAAAGAUACUUCAACACCAGCCUCCAAACUCACCCGCCACUCCGCCAGCCUCUAAACUCACCCGCUUGAUUGACAAAAGUGUUAGAAAUUGGCUGAAUAUUUUAGCUCUGUCGGAUCCAUCAGAAUAUAAAAGUGGUUUAUACACUACAGGUUCCAUACCUAUAGACACUAAUCUCUUUUUCAAAUUUUAAUUUUUUUUUCUAAAACUUUCGAACUCCUUCGAUAUUACGAUGCAUUAUUUGUAAAAUGGUGUUUUUAGGUGAAUAUAAUUUAACAUUUAUU